AUGAUGAUUGCUCCAAAUUUACUGUCCAAUCCCGGUGCCGAAGAAGGAUCUAUUGUUGGAUGGAAUCAAACUAGACCUUCGACUGUCAUUGUUGAUUCAAAUGGAGCAUUCAAUAGCGAUUAUUAUCCACAUAGUGGAUCUUAUUGUUUUGCUGGUGGAAAGGAAUUAAAUGGUUCACCGUCAGGAUUAAUUCAAAAUGUAAAACUUGUUGGUGGCGUUCAAGGUAAAAGUAAUUGUACAUUAUUACCUUUACGUUAUUAG